UUCACCUGGUACAAACUACCUAAGCGACAUGGGCAUCCCGUACGGGUUCGGUUCUGCCCUCAUCGGCGGUUUGGUCUCCGCUAUACCUAUUCAUAUUUUAUGCACUACGAGGAUGGGUUAACCAUGAAGUAUCUGGUUGCUGUCAUAUGGAUUCUCGAUACCCUGCAUGCUUCCUUCGUGUGUCACAUCUUGUAUUACUACCUGAUAAUCAAUUAUGGCGUUCCGACGAGUUUAGAGUUCAUUUCCUGGUCAUUACCUGCAUCAGUUCUGGUGAACGUAUUUGUGGUUUCUGCAGUUCAGUGCUUCUUCGCACAUCAAAUAUAUUCCCUUUGUCGCCCUCAAGUGAGGUGGUUGGUGACUGCCCCAAUUACACUAUUCAUACUAGCUCAAUUUGGGUUUGGCAUGGGUUGUGCGUUUUUUCUGCCUCCAAACACUAUACUAAUCAAAAAGCAGAGACAGUUAUUCUGGAGUACUUCGACUUGUCCAACCAUGCUCACAGAUAUACUGAUCACUGUGCAUAGGUUCGUCAACCGUGGGGCCAGCAUCCUUACACAGAUCACGUUUUACGACGUGACCCCCGCUUGGGCCACCAUUGCAGUAGCCGAAGUUCUGAUUACAGGGUCACUCUGCGUACUGUUAUAUGACUAUGGCUCUGGCUCUGGGUUCCCAAGAACCAAGCGCCUCCUGAACACCCUCGUCGUCUACGCUGUUAACCGGUGUUUGCUGACUUCGCUAGUCGCCAUUGCAGACCUCGUGAUCGCAAUUGAAGUCCAAGAUCCAUGGUCAAUUGGAUUGGACUUCGUCAUUGGAAAAUUAUAUGCCAACUCACUUCUAGCAUCACUAAAUUCCCGGAAACACCUUCGAUCGCAGGACCCAGGUACUGUGUCAGAUCAACGCACCGGUAUUGUCCACUUCGCAAACCCGACAAAGCUGUCAGGGGACGCUGAAAGUUCUAAGGAUGAAACAGGGCAGCUUAACGUGUCCGAGAUGGCUGUUAUCGACAUCAUUGCCGAUCCUGCACUCGAUAGGGUUUCGGCGUUUCGAAGAGAGGAAGAGGUAUAAUUCUAGCUGUCUUACGUAAAACGGUGUAAUGAUGGUAUGAAAUGCAUAUCCCCCACCUGCAAGCCGCUCCUGAAUCCUUUUGCCUCGCGUGACGACUAUCUUCCUCGGUGGCAGUUAUCUGUAUGGAAUUGCCUAUGAAGUAACACUGCUUUCACAGCAUGGAACGCCUUGCACCCAGACGUAGAAGGCGGAAGGCGAGCGCUG